AUGGCUCAGCCUUUCUCGUCGGUAUCCACCCCAGCUCCCGCGAAUGAUUACGAGCAUCAGUGGACCACAUUGCAGCUGCGUAGGCAGAAGGAGUUGAAGGAACGAGCUGAAGGGUCUGCAGCGACGGCCCCGGCUCCCAGCAGUCAACAACCGAACACUGUCAAAGUUACUCGUGAUCGCAGGGCCAGUGAGCUUGCAAAAGCCAAUCUCCAUCGCGACCCCGGUUUCAACCCUCAGAGCGCGGUCCUGAACUACAUUGGGCACAUAUAUAGCCCAGAGCAUCCGCUGGUGCCUAUAGCCGCGGCAGACUUUGCAUCAUCCGGGACCACGCCGGCUACGAGUACCGCUACGCCCGCUCUGCACGCACCGUCCGCCGCGCCCGCCAUGUCGGGCCCCUCUCAGGAUCUGGCAUUCCCCGCAACUCCCGCCCAUAAUCACGUACAAUACCCUCCUGUGCCUACAACGUCGGCGACCUCCUACCCUGCCGCUGGUCCUUCGAUGGAGAACGCAGCCCACCGCAGCUACUACGGCAACAUGCAGGCUGCCCCUUUUGACCCGCACUAUGCAAUCCCGUCGACUCCCGCGCUGGCUGGUAACAACGGACAAGCGAGCGCGUACGCGCCCGGCCCUGUCGUGGACCCUCGUGGGGGCUGGCACUUGAACGCGCCAUUCCAGUUCGGGAGUUUGUCGGUGGAUGGCUCCGGCGGCAUGGAACCUCAGAACGAGUACGGCCGGCCUGCCAACAUGCCGCCGGCUACGACUCUGCCGCCGCACGACGCGUCAUGGACGGGAUUCGGCAGCGAGCCGAACUAUGGUCACAAUUCUCAGCCUUUCGGCGACGCUGGUCAGCCUGGCAGCUCUGGCCAGCAGUCCACUUUCGACUUCUCGCACCCGCCUGGCUCCCAUCCUGUGCCCGUGCAUCCGCGGUCGACGGGCGUGCGAGGCUGCUCGCAGGGGAAUAACUUCAACUUCAACUUCAACUACAACCCGACCAGCCUCGCACCACCAUCCAGGAUGGGGCAGUAUCCGGUUGGGUUCAACGGCGACUUCUCAUCCUCUUCCGCGUUCGUCGAGGGCUCAUCGUCCGGUCGUCAGAGCCUUAAGCGCUCUUACGACGCCACCGACGUCUACGACCAUGACUCGAAGCGAGCGCGCCUUGCGGGAACGUACGUUCUUGGGCAUGUUGAGGAAGUGUGGUUUAGGGAAUGA